AUGUAUAUGUAUUUCUAUUCAUUUGUAGGUACACUACAAGCUUACCGUGACAUGGAUGAACAUAACAAGCGUAAAAUGCUGUUAUCUUGGUUUGUUGGAUCCGAGAAUGCCUCCCUUAUUGUUAGCGAAAGUGAAGAACCAGAUACUACAAUGCUUCCUAAAUCUGCAAGAAACCUUCCCGACUCUAUUCGCGACUCAAUCAUAGCAACUAAUAUUUUAAAAAAAAUUGCGAAACCAGAAUUUAUUUUGCACAUUGAUAACUUAGUAGCACAAAAGCAGAGAAGUAAACAAUGGAAAUGUGGGAUAUGCCAAAAAAAUAUUGGGAAUGAACGAUGCAUUGCAUGUGACAGAUGCUUAAUGUGGAAUCAUUUUCGUUGUACGAAACUAAAAAAAAAGCCACACAGCAACUGGUUUUGCACAAUAUGCAUAGAAGACGUGGCUCCUUCAGACAAUUCAGAUGACGAGAAUCCUAAGACAGAAGAAUGGAACAGGGUGCUUGGGAAUCUGAACAAGAAUGGCAUUUUAAAAACAAUUUUAAGAAAAUCGCUAAAUCGCCGAUUAAAUCCACUGCUUGCACAGAAAUCUGGCGGAGCGUAUCAGGUGGCUGCUAACAUGGAGAAGCUGAAAACAGACGACCCAGAAUUGGCUAAGGAAUUGGAUAAUUUCCUCAAAAGUUCAUACAGCUCAGAAUGGUCUGAAUUCUGCCACAAAUUCAUAAAAACAAACUUUCCAGACACAUUACCAUUUGGGAAAAAAUAUUGUGAUACACUAUUAUACAUAGUUGUUAAACUUUUUUCAUUGCUAUGAACAAUGAGCUAGAUAUCUAAACUAGACAGAUUAUUUUGACAAGUCUUGCAUCCUUUGUUUUCUUCUCUUUUUGUUCUUUUAGCUAUUACAUCUUUGUUACUUUCUGGCAAAAGUCCUAUAAUAAAUUCAAUGAGUGUUUGUUUGCCCCCAAAUGUGAUGUCAUUAUCUAGCCCUUAUAACUUGUAGUAGCUAAUUUUAAAAAAAGAUUAUAAAGUUGUUCUUUCUGAAGAAAAGGUUUAUUAUCAAGGUUCUUUAUCCAUUUGACUACCCCAAUCCCCCAGCUAGCCAAGCUGCAUAUCUUUAAUUUCUUUUGUACUGAGAUAAAGUUUCAUACCAAACGUACCUGAUAUAAUAUGUCAGCUUUUUAAAUUAGGAA